UUCUUCAGGUGUCUUCUGCUAAGCUGGAAAAUCAGAUUGGAAGGUCUGUGGAAGUUUUGGCUCUGUCUUUGACAUUGAAGCUGCAAAGGGGAUUUGGAUCCACCUCUGUAAGAAUGAGCUACAAGGAUGUACCUCUGCACAGGACCUGAACUCUAGAGGCCAGAAGGAAUAAAACUACAAUUCACUGAGCUCAGUGAAGUGUUUUGGGAUAUAGUUUUUGUGCAUAUCAUUAAUUUCCUCUGCAUAUAUCCCACCAACUCAAGACACUUCAGACGGAUAAUAUUUGAAUGCUGAUUCUUUUUCCAGCUGGUCCUGACACACUAGUGAUGGCUGUUGGUGAGUGAAAUAGGGACUGAAGGUCUGAAGGCUAUAAUCAAGGGGAUUCUAUUGUACCCGUUGUGGUGGCGACCUUUUCUAUCAGGCUGGGAGUGGCAUCAAGAUGCCUGAACUGGACAACUUUUCCCCCCUGAGGGGUCAGGGUGGCUCUGAAUUGGAGCUAAAUAGUCCAGCAGACCCACUUCGGAUUCAGCACAGCAUCCUGGACGAGCAGGUGGAGCUGUGGUGGUUCAGAGAUCCUGGGAAGUCUCUGCUCUGCUACUUCGUGGCUGUACUUCUAAUCCUGGGGUGCGGCCUGGGAGGUGUCGGCCUUCUCUCUACGACUACCAGUGUCUCAAGCGAAUGGCGGCUUGGCGCAGGCACGGCCCUCUGCUUACUCGCCCUAGGAGUGCUACUCAAACAACUGCUCAGCUCGGCCGUGCAGGACAUGAAUUGCAUCCGAAGCCGGCAGAGGAUUAACAUGCUGAAAAGUGGUGGUUUAUCGGACCUCCUUGUGGUAUCAAUUACCGGGAUGUCACUGUUGAUUUGUGGAGGGGUUCUACUACACCUGGCCCUAGCUAAUCACAUGCCGAAGCCUGGUCAAGCUCUUAAUGACAUGUACAUUUCUGGAGUAGUUUUGCUGGCUGGAGGGGGGACUGCAGUUGUGGGUGUUGGAAUAUACUCUGUUGUGGUCAUCCUGCUUGAGAGGACAAGGCAUGGACGAAGGUUUGUGGACCGAGUCUUGAAUAUCUUCACUGUUUCUGGACACAUGGACCGUCACGCUCGCAGGGAAACAAACUCGAGUCUGGCUAAUCUCAUAUGAGACAUAAUCUCACGCUAAAACGAUUUUGCCGCUUUUUCUCUUCUUAUCAGAACAUUUAGCACCAACUAAAUCAGAGCAGACUUGUUCAAAUAUUACAAGACAUCUAAUCAAAACAAGAUUCAUCCCUUAGAUGCUUCAGCUAUGUCACUAGCCGAUGAGACUGUGUAUGAGGCAAUAUAGGUUUUACUUUUUGAUACAUAUUGGUAAAAGUUUGCAAUAAGAAAUCAAAUCUCAUUCACAGAGCCAGAGAAAGGGUUGAGGGAUAACACACAGAAUAAUGACUGCAUGGCUAUGCUCUAUGUGUAGCUGGAAAUCUCCCAAUUCAGAUGAUUUUUCUCAACUUGUGUUGAGGUUCACAUUUAGAUGUUUUGAGAUGUAUUUAUCAUGUGAGUCUGACAUUCUAAAUCAGCAAUUUAUUCAUGUUCUAUAAAAACUCCACUCACUUAGGACAAAUGCCAAAAUGUUGGAAAACAUGGAAAAUAAGUUUAAAGAAACGUAAAAACAAUCAUUGAUAUUUGACGUGAUAUUUAGGGAUAUUCAGUCAAAUGAAAAGCACAUAAAAACACAUUUAAGGGAGAAUUGCUGGUUCACAAACAGAAAAGAAGUCUGUUGAUGUUAUUGUUAUCUGGUUUGUUCAGCAGUCUGAAAUUGAAAACGAGGGCAUGUGGUGUGACUGUAGACUUCAAUGUAAUGGGUCAUUUGGUUUGUAUAAGCUUUUCUCCCCAAAUGGUGUCCAUACAAAAAGUUCUAAGACUACAAAGAUAAAGCUAAGGACACUUUUUCAAAGUUGACUCAAGGAAAUGGUUGAAGGUUCAUAUACAGUACAAAUUGAACUAAUGCACAUUUAAUAUUCUGUAUGCUAUACACAUGUAUUUGUUCAAGAUAUUUUAUUUUGCAAACACCCAAACACUACCACCUCAAUUAUUGUAUGAUAAUAGAUAACAGCAGCAGCUGAAAGCUAAAAUAAAACUGGCAUAUUCAGAAUGAGUUAGUAUUUUUUAUAUAUAUAAAGAAAUCUCAAAUAUAUUUAUAUAUAAUUAUUCUUUGUGACUUUGGCACCAACCAAUUACUCUGAUAUAUAUAUAUAUAUAUAUAUAUAGGAAAAUAUUCGGCUGACAAAUUUGAAUUAUCUGAAGAUGGUGAUUUGAAUUAUCUGAAGAUGGUGAAUCUGUCAGUGAGGCUCAAGUUUAAUUAUCAUUAGACAUAAUACAUGCUUAUUUGUCUGCCUGUAACCUACACUAGAACAUGAUUGUAUUAUAACAUAUCGCAGCAUUUCAGAAUGUAUGGAUUAUUUAUGUUUUUUGUAUCAACAAUGUAAAGUCUGGAAUGUUAAUCUUGCAGCACCUUGUUUUCCCCAAACUUGCUUUAAUCUAUAUUUCAAAAAAAGAUUGACACUGAAUCAAAUUACUACUUUGAAUGUAACAUUAUUAUUCAUUGUGCUGAAGACAUUCAGAUUCACCAAUAUCUUGCUCCCAUUUAUCCUUUUUGGUAAACAUCUUUAGUAAGCCUCUUCCAGUGUACACCACCAUAGCCAUCACCAACGGGAUGCCAAGAAAGCUUAAGAUCCCCUUUUUUCCUGAGAAUGUUUUGGAUACCCAAUCAGAUUGAAAGGGACAAUAGCUUCUGGACUUCUAUCAGAAACUGUACUUUAUAUAAAAGCCAAUGUGUGUUGUAUGGACAAGUAAUGGCAGUGGCCCAUAAAGACAGUUUGUCAUUGUGAAUGCUUAUCAUUUCAAAAAGAGAUGUUUAUGACAAAUCAAGAUUCACGCUGCAGAACACAAGCAGCGGACAGUCAUUCAUUAAAGGAGGAACUAAAUGUAUUUCCUGAGUCAUUUAAUUAUUUAUUUUUCAGGAAUGUGGGACUCUGUAACAAGAUGGUUCUAAAUCAAGGGCAACAUUAAUAAGAGAAACAGGGUCAGGGUCAGCAACAACAUUUGACAUCAAGUCAUAUUGGUAUGUUUUUUAUGAGGCAUAAUUCAGUUAAUUUGAAUUCUUGAAGCACUUCAGUGAAAGAAAGUGGUGCUCAUUUUUUCUAUUUGGAUCAAUUUGCAUUUUGCUCAAAGCACUUUUGGUUUACACAUUCCUUUUUCAUUUAAUUAUCAGGGUGCACUUGGGGAUGAAAAAGGUUCUGCUAGCACUUUUGAUGUAGUAGAUGUAUUAUUGGCUCGGAUAAUUCAUUAUAGUUCCUCACAAAGCAGAAAAGGGUAAAUAACUCUUGGGGGGUAAGUUAGAUCUGUUUCAUCCUUUUGGCCAGUAAUAUAAUUUCGAGGCACUUGCAAAAGUUUGAACUGGGAUGUCAUUAUUCUUCAUUGUCUUUCACAAAAUGAUGUGAAUGUACAGUUUGCUGACAUUGCUGCAUUGUUUUUAUUGAAUCUUAUUUGUCUCCAGUAGAGUUGAAACAUUCACUUUCAAAGCAUAAAGGUCCCACUAUUGGGAAAUACUGUGCACAGUGAUAAAUGAAGGUCAUCUGUGUUUAUAAAAUGUUUCUAAAGCCUUUGA